AUGUGUUCUCUACAUCAGCUCGAGCAGUUGGAUUUGCAAGUUGGUAGCUUCUGCGAGCGGGAGAUUGGAUACCUCCGACAAAAUGUCGGAAGGCUCCCAGAGAAGAGGCUGGCCAAUCUCAAAUCACUAAUUGUGCGCAUACAGGAGCCAUACGACAUGAAGGAUAUACUGACAGACUUUAUUGGCGUGGUCGGUCGUCUUGACAAUUUGGUUGAGCUCGAGAUGCACAUCCGUGGCGCAAGAGGUUACCAAGUGGGAGACUUGAUGUCCUUCAUCAAGCAUUACUUGCCAACACUUCAAAGACUCAAGAUCCAACCCUACUAUAAUAAGCCAUGGUCAUUAUUCAAUUCACUUCAACAAUUAUUACAACAACAACAACAACAACAUCAAUCAUGUGUAGAUAACAAUAAUUCAAUCAUUCAAACAUCUAAUAGUGAUCAUCAAGGAUUAUUAUUAUUAGAGGUAAUGAUUAAGUUGGAUUUGGACAUGCUUAGAGAAACAGAAUCAACAAUGCCUACCAUUGGACAACACUUUGGAGGUCAUCUCGAGGGCGAUAUCAUAAUGUUUACAUGUUAA